AGAGAGAGAGAGAGAGCUGCUCCACUCCAGCACACACAGCGCUGAUCCGCUCUCUCUUCGGAGACACAGUGUCCCGCAGCUUGAAGAGUUUCUCCGCGCUUUAAUGAGGCUCCGUGGCUCCGCGGAGCGGCGGAGGGAGACGGGGGAGCCGGGGGAGGAGGCGCGGGGAGGCCGCGGAGGGGCUCCGGAGGCACCGAGAGAGCGAGAGAUGGCGGCGGGAGGAAUCACCACGCUCCCCGCUUUACCGGAGGACGGCGCCAGCGGAGGCUUUCCUCCGGUGAACUUCAAGGAGCCCAAGCGGCUUUACUGCAAGAACGGCGGCUUCUUCCUCCGGAUCCAUCCCGACGGUCGAGUGGACGGCAUCCGCGAGAAGAGCGACCCACGCAUUCGGCUGCAGCUCCAGGCCACGGCCGUCGGUGAAGUGGUGAUCAAAGGGAUCUGCGCGAAUCGUUACCUCGCCAUGAACGCGGACGGACGACUGUUCGGAACGAGAAGAACAACAGAUGAAUGUUAUUUCCUCGAGCGCCUGGAGUCAAACAACUACAACACGUACCGAUCCCGCAAGUAUCCCGACUGGUACGUGGCUCUGAAGAGAACAGGCCAGUAUAAAGCGGGUUCGAAGACCGGCCCGGGCCAGAAGGCCAUUCUGUUUCUGCCCAUGACAGCCAAGUGCUGAUGGAGAGAUGCGGUCAAACACAGAGCGAGACGACAGACCACUGACGCAGACGCACUUCUAACCAACCUUACGCCAAGUCACGGAAAAAACGCUUCUAUCUAGGAACGCUUCCCAAACAGAUUCACUUGGAGAGCAUUACAGGGUUUAUUUGUUCGUGUUCAGUCACCCUGGAGAUAUCAGCAAUAUCCAUCCAGCAAAGACCAUCUCAGAUCCAACUUUCCACAAUACUCUAUUAUUCCACUGUAUUCCUUCGAGCAAGGGCAGCAGGGUUGGCUCGGCGAGUUCACUGAUCUGCACUAUACGCUCUUGAAUUCAUGACUGCAUUUCUCACAGGAGUGUUUUUAGUACGGCUACAAAAUGUGAGUUUACUUUAAUGCUGCUCCUUUAUGCAAAAGGCUCGCAAGUAUUUCUAUACUGUAUUUUAGAGAAAGAAAGGGAUUUGCAAAUGCAAAGGUUUGCUUUGAUGAAGGGAUUCCGAGUACAUCAUGAAUGUUUUUUUUUUUUUGUAAAACUUUAUUCUCUUUUUCAUAUAUAUAUAUCAUCUUGCCUGAGAAAAAUAGUUUAGUUACAUAAUUGCUGCGAGUAACAGUAAGAUUAACAGUAACAGUCUAUCUUUUUU